CCUCGCUGACGUCAUCUCCUCAAGCUUCUGCUGGCGUGUGGUCCUUCCGCGUUAGGCGGACGGCAACAAAGCUGCCCUGCUUUUGUACGAUUGUAUCUCCUGGGAAAGGUUGAGUUAGAUAAUGUUGACAUUGACUCCAAAGCGAAAUGUGUUGGGAGGAAGUUAGGGUCCGGAGUUUGUUCGCAACAUGGCUGUCACAGCAGGAUGUCCGACACCACGUGUGAGGAAACGUCUGUGACGUCACCAGGCUGCUGUCCCGCGCUUCUCUCUCUGAUGCUGACUUUCUGACUUUCUGGCCGCGGAGGACUGACGAUGUCGCCGAGCAGUGAGCUGGCGAGGACCAGGGCGCCACUUAGCCGGUGAGCGAGAGGCUGAAUGCCGCGCAGGAAACAGUCCAACCCGCAGCCUGUCAAAUUGGAGUUGGAUGGCGGUGGUGUGGCUUGUGAUUCCAACUGUCCAAUUCUGGAGAGCGAUGUUCUCCUCGGUAAGGAGUUGGAGUUUGGUGGCUGUGAAAUCAUGGGAUUGGAACAAGACAACAGUGUGACCAUGUUCUCUCUGAGUGUGGACGAGGAUUCAUCACCACUUCCUGACACCUCUUUUCCAGCAUUCCUCUCGUGUAAAGGCUGUGGUCAGCUUCUAUGCCACACAGCAUUGGAAGCAGAGUUUGAUCUCGGUGUUGGCCUGGAUCUCGGGGCGGCCCUCUACUGUCUCACCUGUGAGCCGGUCGUCCAACGCGCCGCUUCAGUCAAUUCAGCCCAAGCAGAGGAUGCCAAGAUGGCCGACACGCUUGGCAAGAAUAAAGUUAGCGAAGGUGAAAUGUACGGCGCCCGCCAUCUUCCGCACAAAGUCCAUUCCUGCUCGCUGUGCACCUUCACCUCCCGUUACUCCAACCACCUGAAACGCCACAUGCGCACCCAUGAUGGCCAAAAGCCGCAUCGCUGCCCUUUAUGCCCCUAUGCCUCGGCACAGUUGGUCAACCUGCAACGGCACACGCGCUCACACACGGGAGAGAAACCAUACCACUGUCAUCAGUGCAGUUAUGCCUGCAGUUCCCUUGGCAACCUGCGGAGGCACCAACGCCUUCAUGCGCAGGAGCGUCAGCCGAGGAGAGACCAAGGGAUCAGAAAAGCCAUGAGGAGAAAAGAGAAGAGUAAGAGCAUAAAAGUCGCGUCAGAUUUGACACGGCAAGUCUCUGAGGACUCUGCUUGCCUGCAGAUGAAGGACAGACUGACCUCUGCAUCCAACCUGCUGCCCGUCCUGCUCUUCCCGCUGUGCUGCCGCCUGUGCGGCCUCACGCUGGAGGAGGCGGACAUGGAGGAUGUCAACGUGGAGGAUGGCGAGGAUGGCAAAUGGCAGGUAUGUCGUCGCUGCUCUUUGGACUCGCUGAUCAAAGAUGGUAUGGCUCAUCCCAAUGUCCCACUUGUGCCUCGGGAGCCACGACGGCGUGGGAACAAGCUGUACCGCUGCUCUCACUGUCCCUUCCUGUCCCGUUACCCCAAUCACUUGGUCCGUCAUUCGCACACCCACUCUGACGAGAAACCUCACCCCUGUCCACACUGCUCCUACACCUCCUCGCACCUGGACAACCUCAAACGGCACAUGCGCGUGCACACGGGCGAGAAGCCAUACCAGUGUCCGUCCUGCAUCUACGCCUGUGGUAACCUUGCCAACCUGCACCGCCACGAGCGCAUCCACUCGGGCGCCAAGCCAUUUCACUGUGACAUUUGCAGCUACUCCUGCAACCAGAGCAUGAACCUCAAAAGACACAUGCUGCGACACAGUGGCGAGAAGCCGUACGCAUGCGGCGAGUGCGACUACACGACGGGACAUUUGGACAAUUACAAACGCCAUCAGAGGAAACAUGGACACCGCAGGGACCGCUGGGACCAAAAGGUGGCUGAACACAGCCUUAACUAAGACCAAGAACCUAGGGAAGUGUGUGUGUGUGUGUGUGUGUGUGUGUGUGUGUGUGUGUGUGUGUGUGUGUUUGUCUUGCUGAGAUAGCAGGUAAACUCAGGUGCCUUCCACCAACAAACUGUAAAGCUGAGAUCAAUCGGAUUGCUUAUCAGUGUGGUGAAGGUGUUAGCAUAUUUUCCUUGUUUCUUGUUUGUGUUUUGCAGCAUUCACAUGAUUGAAUUAUUUUUUUAUGUUUACUGUUGCAGUCACAUGUUUUAAGUUUGCCAAUUUAAAGUGUUUAUUUCUUGAUCACCUACUCAGUAGCCUCAUGGUUAGAGUGUCCGCCCUGAGAUGGGUAGGUUGUGAGUUGAAACCCCGGCCGAGUCAUACCAAAGACUAUAAAAUGGGAGCCAUUACUUCCCUGCUUACAGCAUCGAGGGUUGGAAUUGGGGGUUAAAUCUCCAUAAAUGAUUCUCAGGCGCGGCCACGGCUGCUGCUCACUGCUUCCCUCACCUCCCAGGGGGUGAACAAGGGGAUGGGUCAAUUGCAGAGGAUAAUUUCACCACACCUCGUAUGUUUGUGACAAUCAUUGAUACUUUAACUUUAUCGGCACUUUAUUAUCGUCAUGGUUAUGUAAAACUGGCUUUGGGGUUCCAGAUUACAAUUUGUGGCUUGGUUGUUCCUUAACAUCCUUGUAUAAUUUCCCUGUAAUUCAAACUUUCCAAUUUGGGUCUUCCUAAGUAUAAUUUAUUUGCAUACAUAUGUAUGUAAAAUUGUUUGAACCGAAGAUGCAGUUGCUUAGAAUUGGCUACAAAAGACAUUCAGCUUCUGUAUAUCUAAAAAUUAUUCACUUGAGUUCCUUGGAUUCAUGACGCUAUCAACGAAAUUUACAACAAUUGGAGAUUUAGUGACACGCUUUGAGUAUCAACCUGAUAUGAUCAACGCUGUCAAAAAACACGACCAAAUGCGGUAAAUCAUGAUCACUAAUACAAGCCAAAUAAUUAAAAAUGUAUGUUGAAUUAUCAUUUCACCCUGGAAAAAGAUUGGUUCAAAUCACUUCUCAAGGCCCAUUGAUUAACAUAUUGUCCAUACAAAUAAUUUCCCCGCUGCCUUGUGGGUUAGUCUGGGAAGAUAAAAGGCUCGGGGAGCACACCCUGAGAGAAAAGCAAGUGCUGGUAGGCGCACCAUAGGCGGUCCCCCGACAGACCGGAGCUCCUGCAGCUGUGAGGAGGUGCAGGUCGUCCUGGGUUCCCCUUGCCACCAGAUACAGCUCCUUACAGCCAAGAAGUGACGUUGGAGUGUGCGCGUCUCCCCUGUCAAAAAGACCUCAAUGGUGGAGUGGGCGGGUGAUGGUUGCAUAGAAGCCCCACAACGGUCACAAAGGCGGGAGAAGGCUGCAGCAAAGAUGGCCCCCCAAUUGUCUUGGUCUUCAUGCCAUUGGACUCUGGCCUUUUCUUUGCCAAGGACAGUGUGGUGGCUGUUUGUGCAGCAGUCUCCCCACUUUAAAAGAUUCCACGCACAUGCGCUCUCAUGAAGGACCCACCAACAUAAGGACAAUCAUACUUGUUUCAAGUGAUCGCCAACAACGGUACAAAUGCAUGAAAUGUAUGUAAACGUCUGCCUACAACGGUAUUUUCUCAAAACAAGUGUCAUUCUCAUGGGAGACAGAUGAAUAAAAAAAUAUAAAUACACCUUCAUACUAAA